GCCGGGCAACGCGGUGAUGAUGGAGGGCCGUUACGACGUUCUCGGAUGUAAAGUCAAAGAGCCCAGCGAUAGCUGCGAGCUGCUAUCCAGUCAGAUAAACAACCACGGCCAUCUCAUGAAAGACAGCACUGACCACGAAAUAGACUGAUGAAAACAUUUAACACUCGACUUGAGGCUUUAAACGACCACUAACGUCAAUAAAAGAAAUACCUGAGACUAACAAAACCUGCACGAAAAUAAUGUAGCAAGCUAACUUUAGCCAACUGUCUAGCGCGAUACUGCUCGGAUAUGGACUGUGACGGAUAUGGACUCCCUUGUCCUCUGCCUAGUUUGGAUUCGCAGGAGGAUGCCAAAGACCCAGGGUUGCACACCUUCAGUCACACACACAUGAGGAAAGCCUUUCGGCUUAUGAAUGACUUGAGAAGUAGGAGGAUGCUUUGUGACGUUCUGCUGGUGGCGGGUGAAGUGGAGGUACCAGCUCACAGAGUAGUGUUAGCGUCCUGCAGUCCUUACUUCUGUGCCAUGUUCACAGGUGACAUGAGUGAAAGCAAGGCUCACCAUGUCGAGAUCAGGGAUGUUGAUGGACAGACGCUUUUGAAGCUGGUGGAUUAUAUUUACACCGCUGAGAUCGAAGUGUCUGAGGAUAAUGUUCAGGUGUUACUCCCAGCUGCCAGCCUGCUGCAGUUGAUGGAUGUUCGACAGGUUUGCUGUGACUUCCUGCAGACGCAGCUCCAUCCCACCAACUGCCUGGGCAUCCGAGCGUUCGCUGACCUUCACGCCUGCACAGGACUGCUCAGCCAGGCCCACGCUUAUGCCGAGCAGCACUUCACUGAUGUCAUGGUCGGUGAGGAGUUCAUGGCCCUCUCUUUGCAGCAGGUGUGCAGUCUGAUCUCCAGUGACAAACUGACCGUGUCCACUGAAGAGAGGGUUUUUGAGGCCAUGAUCGCCUGGAUAAAGCAUGAUAAAGAGGCCCGUUUGGAGCAUAUGCCUAAGCUCAUGGAACAUGUUAGACUGCCCCUGCUAUCCAGAGAUUACCUGGUUCAGAUUGUAGAGGAGGAACCCUUGAUAAAAAACAACAACACUUGUAAGGACUUCCUCAUUGAGGCGAUGAAGUACCACCUUUUACCUGCAGACCAGAGGCACCUUAUAAAGACUGACAGAACCAGACCACGCACACCAGUCAGUCUGCCUAAGGUGAUGAUGGUCGUAGGGGGUCAGGCACCUAAGGCCAUCCGCAGUGUGGAGUGCUAUGACUUUCAAGAGGACCGCUGGUACCAGGUGGCUGACUUACCCUCCAGACGCUGUCGAGCAGGUGUGGUGUAUAUGGCCGGUAAGGUGUAUGCUGUGGGGGGAUUUAACGGCUCUUUGCGUGUGCGGACGGUGGAUGUGUAUGAUGGGCUAAAGGAUCAGUGGAGCUCCGUUCCCAGCAUGCAGGAGCGCCGCAGCACUUUAGGAGCAGCUGUACUGGGGGACCUGCUGUACGCUGUCGGUGGCUUUGAUGGGAGUACAGGUCUGUCGUCAGUGGAGGCGUAUAACCCCAAGGCUAAUGAGUGGGUGUUUGUGGCUCCCAUGAACACCAGGCGUAGCAGUGUUGGGGUGGGCGUAGUUGACGGAAAGCUUUAUGCUGUUGGAGGUUAUGAUGGAGCGUCUCGGCAGUGUUUGAGUACUGUAGAGGAGUUUAACCCAGUCACUAAUAAGUGGUGCUAUGUGGCGGACAUGAGCACUAGACGCAGUGGAGCUGGUGUUGGAGUGCUCAAUGGACAGCUGUAUGCUGCAGGUGGACACGAUGGUCCUCUGGUGAGGAAGAGUGUGGAGGUUUAUGACCCUGCCACUAACAACUGGAGACAAGUGUGUGACAUGAACAUGUGCCGAAGGAACGCAGGAGUGUGUGCCAUAAACGGUUUACUGUAUGUGAUCGGAGGAGACGACGGGUCGUGCAACCUGUCCUCUGUAGAAUACUACGACCCUGCUGCUGAUAAAUGGAGUCUCAUCCCCACCAACAUGAGCAAUGGCCGCAGCUACGCAGGGGUGUCCGUUAUUGACAAGUCAUUAUGACUAAAAGUCCUGGGCAGCGGGCCACUUCGCACCUGUCGAGGACUGAGCUGUGACAGACAGACAGUGAUUUAAGGCAGAAUCCAGAUGCUGACAGGUGCUUGAAGCUCUCCAUCUAAAAGCCUGACUGCCUCACAAACGCACCGAGCCCUGACCUCUCCCAGUCCCCAGAAAGUGCCAUUUAGCUCUGUUAUUAACAGAGAGGUCGCAUGGUCGCCCCAUACAGUGAGUAUUAAAUGAGAGCUCAGUUACACAGGCCUGACUGGACUGAAUCUGCCAGGACAGAGCGUGUAAGGGACGACCACCGGACCUACGCCCUGCACGGGAUCUGGGUGGUAGUCUAGGUGCAGGUGAAGAAUGUGCCAAUAGAGGCCUGCUUUACUACUGACAUACAACGCUCUGAACUAUGACACUCGCGUAAGAUGUCACAACUGAUUCUACAGGCUAACACUAAUGCUUAUGACACCCUUUAAACUGGAUCAGGACUGGAUAUCACUGACUUCUGUUGUUUUGGUUACAGGGUUACUUAAUGUUUUCCAUUUAUAUGAAAAGUAAUAUGGGAACAAUUCUAUAAGUUGUUUUAACCAGCUGCUUUUGUGCCAUAUAGUAUUGAGGAUGUUAAACUGCUAAACAGAAACACCAUAAAUCUCACAGGGUAAAGCCUGUUUACACCGAGAGCGAUAAAGAUAUAAGAUAUAAAUGCAAGAACAGCAGUGUCCACCCCACGGCUAUAACAAUAUAGAGAAACGAUAUUAUUGGGAUCACUUUCAGAACGAUUUUUUGUUGAACGAUAAAACACUGACAGCCAAUAAGAAUCCAUUCUAAUUUAAAGGCUCGCGCAUUUAAAAUGGCGGACGACAGUGCGGAGACGUUAAUCGCCGAGGUCCAGAAAAAGCCACCACUGUUUGACAAGCCUAACCCCCUUUUCAAAGAUACUUUAAAGAAAAUUGAGAUAUGGAAAACAAUCAGUCGGAAUAAAUGGUGAGAAGUAUUAACAAUAUAUGCCAGGGUAGCAAACAGUGUAAAAUAAAAUUACCUCAGGUAUCCAGCGCUAUUUUUGACAACAUUGUCUUGCAUCCUUUGAAGACUAGUCGUUGGUUUUUAUUCCACGAUACUGACUUCGUCAGGUAAAUUCACUGUUAGAUUAGAUCGAUUAUACUAGCUAUUCACUCGAAACAGCACGCUGAGGACAUCUGCUGGUUAAAGCCGUGUAACUGCAACAAGAACAGCAAAAACGUACACACUUUGAAACUGCAGUGCUUGAGCUUAGAAUAAACAGACCAUUAUCGUUCGUUGGUGUGGACGCAAAUAUAGUUAUCGUUCUUGGUGUGAACGGGCCUUAAAGGUGCGGUCACAUUAGCGCCAUUUCUGCAAAAUAUCGCGUACUGUAGUGAUGUAUGAAGCACGGCUCACACAGAAGUCACUUUCAAACCAAUCAGGUUACUGAAAUCUUUCGCCUUCAUAAAAUUCCAGAUGGCAUGGAUUCCUACUGAAAUUACUGGAUUUUGCCGGUGAAAGUUGCAAAACAACGUGACCGCACCUUAAUGUGCCAAAUGUAACACAUAAUCAUAUGGAUUAUACUGUAUGUUAGUUACUUGUACAUAAGCUUUUUUUCAUGAUGCAGUUUGGUGUGCAAUCGUCCAUGUUGGACACACAGACUCUUUCUUUUAUAAUAAUAAUAAUAAUAACUCUAUGGAUGCAGUCACUGAAACAGCACUGGCUUGGUGUCUCUUUGGUAAAAUUGCACUGUUCAUCUUAGUCAGCACUCAGCAGACUUAUAUUUCAAUCGCAGGUAAAUACCAAGACAGCAAAUAUUUUUGAAAGUACACCAUUUAUCCUGUUCUACCCUGACAUGGGCUGCUGGUUCACUGGGUGUUUUGGAUCUGUGAUUCAACAGAAGUGGACAUUUGAAGACUGUUUUAUUUUAUUUAAAAAAUAUUAAGUCUUCUAAUGUUGUGUUCCUUAUUAUUGAGUUCUGUAAAGCUUCAUUGUUUACAAUACUGAUCAUUGUGAAUUAAUUUUGAUAGAAUUAAGCCCACAUUCCCAGCUCACAUCACAUUUUCACACUAAGCUACUUUGUUCAUUUGGAUAUAUAUUGAUAUGAAAGUCAUACUAUGCAUUAAAACAUUGCUUAUAAUGUUUUUUGUUGUUCCCAGUGGUUGAGUUUAUUUUGUGCUAUGCCUGCCUGGUAUAACUGCUGCCAUUACAUUUGAUGUCUUUAAACAUCAUAAUCCACAACUCUAUGACAUUCCAGUGUGGUGCAUCAUCUAUGGAUUAUGCACGAAUGUGGUUUGUGAACAAGGUGUUAAUGUAUUUCUAAACAAAUGUAUUAAAUUAAGUUUUGUUAAGAGAA